GAACAUUCUGGAGAGUGUUUCAAAGUCUUAGAAUUAAAGAAAUGGCCAAGGGAGAAAGAAAAUGUUAAUUUAAUUAAGACUGUCAGACAAAGUCAAACUUAGUGCUGCUAUUGUGACCAGCGUCUCUAUCUUUAUGUGUGUUUUCAGAGUACGAGAUGAGAAAAGAGAGAGACUGGGCUCUGGUGUUGCAGCCAGAGGGCGGUGGCAUCUCUCUCUCUCUCUCUCUCUCUCUCUCUCUGCGUAAACUAGAGACUGGUGGAGGAGCAGAGCAGAGCACAGCGCACACGCUGAGAGGAGAGCCAGUGCUGUUGUCACUAGCCGACAGAACCUGUCGUUACUUUAUUCCAAACACCCCUUACUCCCCCGCAGCUUCACCUGAUCCUACACUGACGGGGCUUAAACUUGAGGACGUUUACCUUCCCCAGAUUUUGUCUUUUGGACUCUUGAUUGGUUACCAAAGGUCGCUAGUGGAAAUAGGAGGCGGGGGGAGAGUGCUCACUGUCUCCCCCAACCGUGAUCGGAGGAGUUUGUGAUCGUUUUACGCACAGCUUGUAAUGGGUAAAAGUGGAGAGAGGAGCGGAGGUAGACCCCGGGGAAGCUGGAAGAACAGUUGCAGCAGGAGCAACAGCAGCAGGAGCUUGGUGAGGAUGUGCGCCACGCCGGCUUUCCCUCUCCUCCUCCUGGCGCUCGUUCGGUCAGGAGUUACCCAAGUGAGAGAUGAUGAUGAUUUCUUGAGCCUAAGUGAGCUCCCAGAGACCUUUCCUUCAGAUCCGCCUGAGCCUCUACCUCAUUUCCUGUUUGAACCAGAGGAGGGCUACAUCAUCAAGAACAAGCCUGUCAAUCUCUACUGCAAAGCUACACCUGCCACACAGAUUUACUUCAAGUGCAACAGUGAGUGGGUCCAUCAGAAGGACCACACGGUGGAGGAGAGGGUGGAUGAAAACUCAGGACUCGUGGUACGUGAAGCCAGUAUAGAGAUAACACGGCAGCAAGUGGAAGAGCUCUUUGGACCCGAAGAUUACUGGUGCCAGUGUGUGGCAUGGAGCUCAGCUGGAACCACCAAGAGUCGCAAGUCACAUGUGCGCAUUGCAUACCUCAAAAAGAAUUUUGAGCAGGAACCUCUGGGAAAGGAAGUUUCUCUGGAGCAGGAAGUCCUGUUACAGUGUCGCCCUCCCGAAGGGAUACCCACUGCUGAGGUGGAAUGGCUUAAAAAUGAAGAGAUCAUUGACCCAGUGGAGGACAGAAACUUUUACAUCACCAUCGACCACCACCUGAUCAUCAAGCAGGCCCGUCUGUCCGACACAGCCAACUACACCUGUGUGGCCAAGAACAUAGUGGCCAAAAGGAGAAGCACCACAGCCACUGUUAUUGUUUACGUGAACGGCGGUUGGUCCACGUGGACAGAGUGGUCAGUGUGCAGCAGCCGCUGUGGCAAAGGUUUCCAGAAACGGACCAGAAGUUGCACUAAUCCUGCACCUCUGAACGGAGGACUGCCCUGUGAAGGACUGGCCAUUCAGAGACUGUCCUGCACCACAAUGUGCACAGUGGAUGGUGUGUGGACAGAGUGGAGUAAGUGGUCCGCCUGUGGGACAGAGUGUACCCAGUGGAGGAGGAGGGAGUGCAACAACCCUGCUCCUAAAAAUGGAGGAAAGGACUGCGAAGGACUCGUGCUUCAGUCACAGAACUGUACCGACGGACUCUGCAUGCAAAGUUCAUUGUUUCAGAAGUCCAAAGAAAAGAGUGGUUUUGGAGUCUCAUCUGCUCCAAGUACUGACGAUGUGGCUCUUUACGUGGGUAUCGUCAUUGCGGUGAUCAUGUGCCUGGUCAUCUCUGUCAUCGUGGCACUCUUUGUCUACCGCAAGACACAUCGAGACUUUGACUCUGUCAUUAUUGACACUUCGGCGCUCAAUGGAGGCGUCCAGUCGGUCAAUAUCAAAACGGCCAGAUCAGCUGAUCUUCUCACCGUGCCUCCUGACUUGACAAAUGCAGCUGCCAUGUAUCGAGGUCCAGUCUAUGCGCUUCAUGAUGUUUCCGAUAAAAUCCCAAUGACUAACUCCCCUCUCUUGGACCCUCUCCCCAACUUGAAGAUUAAAGUGUACAACUCCUCUGGUCUGGUUACACCACAGGAUGACCUCGGUGGAGACUUCACCUCCAAACUUUCUCCUAAGAUAACACAGUCAUUGAUGGAAAACAGUGACACGAUGAACCUCUGUAACCAGAGCUUAGCCCGGACCAGAGAUCCCUCCUGUUUGGCUCAUGGAUCCUUUAACAAUCAGGGAGGACACCUCAUCGUUCCAAAUUCUGGUGUAAGUUUGUUGGUUCCAGCCGGUGCAGUGCCUCAUGGCAGGGUGUAUGAGAUGUAUGUGACGGUGCACAGGAAGGACAGCUUGAGACCCCCAGUAGAGGACGUACAGACCAUGCUGAGUCCAGUGGUCAGCUGUGGACCCCCAGGACUCCUGCUGACCAGGCCCUUGAUCCUCACCGUUCACCACUGCGCUGACAAUGUCCAGGAAGACUGGCUCAUUCAGCUGAAGAACCAGCUGGCCUUGGGAGAAUGGGAGGAUGUGGUCGUGGUAGGAGAGGAAAACUUCACCACCCCCUGCUACGUGCAGAUGGACUCAGAGGCAUGUCACAUCCUGACAGAGACACUGGGGACGUACUGCCUGGUGGGACAAUCGAUGGGUAAAGCAGCUGCCAAGAGGUUUAAACUGGCUGUUUUUGGACCAGUCUGCUGCACAACUCUGGACUAUCACAUCAGGGUCUACUGUUUGGAUGACACACAGGAUGCACUCAAGGAGGUUCUUCAAAUGGAGACCCAGAUGGGCGGAAAACUUUUGGAUGAGCCAAAAACACUGAACUUUAAAGACAGCACACACAACCUGAGACUGUCCAUCCACGACGUGCCACACACACAUUGGAAGAGCAAGCUCAUUGCAAAGUAUCAGGAAAUCCCAUUCUACCAGGUGUGGAGCGGCAGUCAGAGAACUCUUCAUUGCUCUUUCACUCUGGAGAGACUGAGCUCCACCACCACAAACGUCAGCUGCAAACUGUGUGUGCGGCAAGUGGAGGGAGAAGGACAGAUCUUUCAUCUUAGCAGCACUUUGGAGGAGGAGGUCCAAUGCAUAGACACGUCACUGAUGGACCCUGCCAGCAACAUCACAGCGCUAGUGGGGCCCAACGCUUUCCGCAUCCCUUUAUCCAUUAGGCAGAAGCUGUGUGGAAGCCUGGACGCACCACAGACAAGAGGCAACGACUGGAGGAUGCUGGCCCACAAACUCAACCUGGACAGGUACCUGAACUACUUUGCCACCAAGUCCAGUCCAACAGGUGUGAUUCUAGACCUUUGGGAGGCCCAGCACUUCCCCGACGGAGACCUCAUUGAACUGGCCGCUGUGCUGGAGGAGAUGGGUCGCCAUGACAGUAGCCUUGCCUCCAUGACAACGGAACAUUGACAAAAUAGAAUGGUCACUGAGACAAUUACACGUGAAUUCUCCACGCUUGUUGCCGAAGCGAGGGCUAUGAACGACUUUGAUGUGAGUGGAAAAGAGAAGUUGUUGCCAUGGUGAUUGAGCAAUACCAUGGUAAUCACACUGGCAUGGUAACAGCCUGGGGUUGGAGGGGGCCCUGCUGGGACUGGGACUACAUGUGUAUCUUUUCUAUGUGCAUUUGUGCGACGUUGCUGUGUCUUGUGUGACUGUUAGACAGAAGAAGCCUACCUACAACAAAAACAGGAAUCAGGAAAACAACACAAUACACGCCUAAAAAAUACUUUGUUUGGUGUAAAAGGACAGUCAUUUUGUUGCUGUUUACUUUAUACUGAAUAAUGAUGAGCAUACAGAAAAAAAAAACUACAGUGCCGUGAAAAAGUAUUUGCCCCCUUCCUGAUUUCUGUGUUUUUUGCA